AUGGAAGGUUGGCUCUCUGCACGUUUCGCCAUUUUUCGCCUAGGAAACAAUGAAUUAGUCGAUCGUUUGUUCAAAGAUUAUUACACUUUAUGGGGCGGCGAGCAGUCGAAUCUCACGUUAGAAGAACAGCAGCUGCCUGGGUUUUUCCAACGCGUACCACAAGAUCACGAAAUUUUACCUCAAAAGUUGCGUGAAGAGGCCAGAGCUGUACUUUUGGAACGCAAAAGUCACGAAUUACUGGAGAAUGAAGAGCUACAAUGCUUUUGGUUUCUUUUGGAUCGAUUUCAAUCUCCGCCCGCAAUUAAUGGCGAAAAGUACAUAGAUUACCAAAAUUUCAAGAAGGCUGCUGCCGAAGCGAUUCCAAAGGCUAAACCCUAUUUCACCGCCAGUGUUUUCGCCAAGCUGAUGCGCAAUCACGAUCGCCUGUCUCGCAUCAGUAUUAUGUCGUUUUUCAACUACGUUAUGAAAAAGGUUUGGCUCCAGCAAACUCGGAUUGGAAUCUCGCUGUACGAUGUCGCAGGUGAGGGGUACUUGCGCGAAAUGGACUUGGAGAACUACAUCACCGAACUUAUUCCGUCAUUGUGCCAGCUGUUGGCCCGUGCUGAACCGUUGAGACAUAGCGCACAGUCGGCUACUAACCGGAAUCCAGUCAAGAAGCAGGUGCUCAGUCUUGGCACCUAG